UGGUGGGAGCAGUAGGCUCUUCACUGAACACUGAACAGGCUUCCACCAAGAGACACAUACAACAGGUUAUUGCCACCCGCCACUAUGAUGUGCUUGUUUAAAUUAACUGGAGUGUCCCUCAUCCUGUCCAUACUUCUGAAUAUCGCAGACUCUUAUCCAAACAGCGACAUGACAAACAUGGGCUGUGAGGAAUGCAAACUGAGGGAGAACAAAGUCUUCUCAAACCCGGGCGCCCCUGUCUAUCAGUGUACAGGCUGUUGCUUCUCCAGAGCUUAUCCAACCCCACUACGGUCCAAGAAAACCAUGUUGGUCCCAAAGAACAUCACCUCUGAAGCCACAUGCUGCGUUGCAAAAGAAGGGAAAAGGGUGUUGGUCGACAACAUCAAGCUGACGAAUCAUACAGAGUGUCACUGCAGCACUUGUUAUCACCAUAAGUCAUAAACUCUCUGUGAGGGCUGGAAAUCUCAUUGUUUGCAGAAGUAAAAGCUUGGCACCAGAUACUAUAUAUUUUACACAACUCAUUCCUGAAGUUCCUUGUGUUUUAAAAGCCCAGUGCAGUCAAAAAUGUGAUUUUCCUGUCUUUUAUAUAUGUUUUCACACUACGAGGUUGGAAUAAUACUGUGAAACUGAAAAUUAUGAUAAUGCCCUUUUAGUGUAAGGUGUUUGAAAAGACCACCUGAAAUGUCAGCCUGUUUUGGUGGGAUGGAUUUGGGCCUGCCUGGUAAUGUCACCAGACGGUAAAUUAGUUAAUAGACAAAUAAGAGAGUUCCAAACUUCUCUGCCAAUAACAGCUAGUUUAAAAUGUUACCCUUCCACUCAGACCCCUCCCAGGCAGUCCUAGCAAAUUCUUGCUUGAGAAAUUGCUCU